AUGUCGAACAAUGCAGAGCAGCCUCGUGAGGCGACCGAGGAUGAUGAUGAGCCGGAUGAGUGCGGAUCUUCAGCACUGGGUGCGCAGGACAAGAUGAAUGACUGCUAUUUUGCAAAGAAGGACUGGCGGGAGUGCAAGAACGAGAUGGAAGCCUUCCGCGAGUGUUGGAAGCGCCAGGGCAACGACCAGCGGACGCAGACCAAGGAUGCAUAA